AUGGUGAGCUGUCUAUUAUUUGUCACAAUUGUUUAUUCUCUGCCCCAUGGUGCACCAGAGGAAGCUUGCAAAACCAUGAUACCUCAUCAUAAACAAAAUGUGCCACAACCCGAAACAACAAGUCCAAUAACAAGCUUUAAAGGUGUUUGGAAUAGCGAAAAAACAACAGUUACAGUUCGUAUUGAAUCAAAUGAACCGAUAAAAGGAAUAUUUAUACAAGGACGGAAAUUGAAUACAGAUUUGCCAAUUGGUACAUUUGAAACUGAACCUAGUAUGCAUUUAGUCGAUUGUAAAACGGCAAGAUUAACUCAUAAUAAAAUAUUUAAAGAUAAGAAAUCAUUCGAAUUUAAGUGGGAAAAGCCCGUGGACUUUGGAAAUGCUGACAAAAUACAAUUUUGGUGA